CACUCCUGAAAUUCUGAAAUACUCUGUGUCAGUCAGAUGGAAGUGGAGGAAGUGGUGCAUUUACCGAGGCUGGCCAGGGUGGCUGUUUGUGGUGGUACCCAUGGCAACGAGCUGUCUGGGGUGUACCUGGUGAGGGAACUGCUGAAAGAGAAGAAGGAAAAUGAGUUACUGUCAGUGCAGAUGGUGCUGUCGAACCCACGAGCCAUGCUGCAGUGCCGCAGAUACCUCGACACCGACCUGAACCGCUGCUUCACCCAAGCCGUCCUGAAUGGUCCAAUAGCACAUAAGGCACCCUAUGAGAUCGUCCGGUCCAGAGAGCUGAACGCCAUUCUUGGUCCUAAAGGGAGUCCAGCGGCCAUGGAUCUGGUCUGCGAUCUUCACAACACGACUUCUAACAUGGGGCUGUGCCUGAUUUGCUACUCAGACUCUGAUUGGAUCUGUCUCCACAUUUUCAAACACUUGCAGAAGCAGAUGCCGGACAUCCCAGUGAGGUACAUCCAUUUUGAUGUGUCACAUAAAGAGUCCUAUUCUUUAGAUUCAGUAGGAAAACAUGGCUUUGCCAUGGAGGUUGGACCUCAGCCUCAUGGUGUGGUCAGGUCAAACAUCUACACAGCCAUGAAAGUUGGAGUCCGACACAUGCUUGACUGGGUGCGUUGCUACAACUCAGGAACUGUUUUUGAAGGCGGGUCAGUUGAUGUAUUCACUAUAGUGCGACACAUCGACUACCCAAGAGAUUGUGAGACGUGCAACAUCACAGCAGCGAUUCAUCCGGAGCUCCAGGACCGGGACUUUUGCCUCCUGAAGCCUGACGACCCCCUCUUCCAGGCCUUCUCAGGUGAAACCCUGAGCUACAAAGGGACUGAAUCUCUUUAUCCCUUCUUCAUCAAUGAAUGUGCAUAUUAUGAGAAGGGCAUAGCUCUCUCCCUGGCCAGAAAGAGGUGUGUGGUGAUCCCCCCACUGCAGGUGCAGCAGCAGGAGCAACAUACCAAACAACAUUUUGCUUCUGAAAAAAGAGGAGAGGAGCAGUGGGAGGAGGAGGAGGUUGCGUGA